GAACAUAAUUGUAGCAAAAUGUUGCCAGUCUAAUAAAUUUUAUUACAAAAAUAACCGUUAUAUCAGGUAAUAAACGGGUUAUAACGACGUUAAAAGAUAAUAAUUUGGAACAACACUAGCAAAUGUGACGUAUGCUACUAGGAGGCUAUGUUUUAUCUGUACCCUCACAUAUUUCUGGCCCACCCACACUUUGUUGAAAUUUGAUAAGAAAAAUAUUGGUUUGUGUUCAUCGUAAGCACGUAUCGUUGCCAUAUUUACUACAGUUAUGGUUGUGCGUCGAAACAAUUCGCGCUGUGAACGUGAUUUCAGUUCUUUCUCUAUCGUAUUGUCAAUGUGAAACGAGUGUUUGCUGUGGUUUCGUCAGCGGGUGUUAACACCAGAAACAGUUACGUGUUUUGCAAUUAAUUCGUCCGCCCACUUGACCGUCGGUAGAAGCGGGUGUACGCAGCGUGCGUGAUGAUACUGGGUGCUAGAUAGUGCAGUUGAUUUGGGACAGAUUCGGAUAUGUCGCUCCAGAAAAGUGUUAAAAGUGCCGGAGGGGAUCGGAGCGAGCAGGCGGACACAACUUCUAUAUGUUCCUCGGUGACCACCCAGCCUGACAGGCAUGGGUUUUUCGGAGGUGCUCAAUACAGUCCAGAACCCAAAAGGACAGUGUCUCCGAGCACAAUACUAAAACGCGAGCAGAAAUGGCUGCGCAUGCUCAACAAGUGGGAGGCCUUCAUGAGCAAGAACUACAAGAAAGUGCGGGAGAGAUGCAGAAAAGGUAUACCAGCAUCCGUCCGUCCCAGAGCAUGGCUCUACCUCUGCGGCGGUGAACUCCUCAUGAAGAAACACCCCACUGAGUACGAGGACCUGCUAGCGUCGCCUGGCGACCCGAAAUGUAUGGACGACAUCAGGAAGGACCUGCACAGACAGUUCCCCUACCAUGAGAUGUUCAUCAGGGAAGAAGGACCGGGGCAACAAGAGCUCUUCUCGGUGCUAAAGGCGUAUUCCGUGUUCAACCCGAAGGUCGGCUACUUCCAGGCGCAGGCGCCCGUGGCGGCAUUCCUGCUCAUGCACAUGCCCGCGGUCCAGGCCUUCUGGUGCCUCGUGAGCAUCAGCGACAAAUAUCUCAGCGGUUAUUAUAACCCUGGUUUAGAGGUAUUACAACGAGAUGGCGACAUCCUCCACGCGCUCCUCCGCCGCACGGCCCCCGCCGUCCAUCGCCACCUCGUCAAGCACAAAGUAGAACCCGUCCUGUACGCUACAGAAUGGUUCCUAUGUGCCCUGACACGCACGUUGCCUUGGGACAGCCUUCUGCGUGUCUGGGACUGCUUUCUAUGUGAGGGUGUUAAGGUUCUUUUCAAGGCGGCCUUAGUGAUCCUAGCAGGCGCGCUCGGCCCAGCCAAAGUCCGCAAGCGCGCCGCCGGCCUCUGCGAGACGCUGGAGGUGCUCCGCCACCCGCCGGAGAGCAUCCUGGCCGAGGAGUACCUGAUGUACCACAUGCAGCGGUUGGGGCUGACGGAGGAGGACUUUGAGUUUGAGCACCAGAGGCAGACUGCGCGCCGGCGGGCGCUGUCUAAUAGGAGUGGCAGCUGAUUCAGCGACUGUUCCUACAGGCGUUAUUCCAAGAAUAACGCGCGGGACAUAUUCAACACUCUAUGAGCUACCACGGUGCACCUGACGCGGAAUGCGAACUAUUUAGUCUAUGAUAGUGAUAGUGUUGUGACUGAGUGCUUUCGGAUAACGGUAUGUUAUUUCAGUUACUUUUCACGUUAACGUUUUUAACGCGUUAUUUCCGGCAAAACUAUAGUGUGGAAUACGCUAACAUUUUCUCGAAUUUUUUGGUGUUUGUGACAUAAUAAUGAAGGAAUGCGUGUGCAAUAAAAUUGAAGUAAACUUUGUAUUGCUCAUAAAAGCUAUAUUUUGUUCAGUAUUCGUUUUAUAUAAUUUUUAAUUAAAGUUAACCAAGAUCGGUAUUCUCGUCGUUGUGUAGAAACUUUUAAGUAAUAAAGAAAAUAAAUGUCUCUGUGGUGAAGACAAACAUACUUUAAAAUGCAAAAAUUAGCAUUGUGAUAUGUAUUUAAAAUAGGAUACCUACCUUUAAAACGAAUACCUAUAUAUUAAUAUUAAUAAAAAAUCUAUAGUUCCUUUUUAACUACAUGAAAUAUACAGUAUAGUUUGGCAAGCCAUUUUCGUCAGUAGUAAAAGGCGGCAAAUUUAAAAAAUGUAGGCGCGAAGGGUUCUCCCAUAGAAAAUUUGAAUUUCGCGCCAUUUCUACUGACAGUGGGUUUAUCACGCAGAGUAUAUCACGCCAUACUUUUUCUAUGCAAGGAACAAAUCAGUGUUCCAUACUUUUUUCUAUGGGCAGUGGCAGUACGUCAUGGUUAAAAAAUAAAACAGACUAUUUUUUGUUAUU